AUGGAGAAUGCUAAACCACUUAGUUCUCCACUUGGGAGUCAAAUUCGUCGUUCAAGUAUGCAGUGUGCGAAGACAGAUGAAGAAAAGGAGUACAUGUCUAACAUACCAUAUUCUUCAGCUAUUGGGAGUCUAAUAUAUGCUAUGGUGUGCGCGAGACCGGAUAUUGCACAUGCAGUGAGAGUAGUGAGUAUAUAUGCAAGCAACCCAGGAAAAAAACAUUGGGAAGAUGUGAAGUGGAUUCUCAGUGAUUUGGAACUCACGGUUACAGAAGUUGGUAACAUUGUCUACUACGGAAGCGUAGUACGUAGAAUAGCAGAAAAGAAGCCUAGAGCAGAGAAGAAACUACCAACAAAGGAAAGUGGAGCUGGACAUGGUAAAAGAAAGAAGAAGAUGAAGAAAUCAGUUGAGACAUACAAGAUCUACAUCUUCAAAGUUUUGAAACAAGUUCAUCCUGAUAUUGGUAUUUCAAGUAAAGCUAUGGGUAUUAUGAACAACUUUAUUAAUGAUAUCUUUGAGAAAUUAGCUAAUGAAUCUUCAAAAUUAGCUAGAUACUGUUGGGUUUCCAACAGAUACAAUAAAAAACCUACUGUUACUUCCCGUGAGAUUCAGACUUCUGUUCGUCUAGUGCUCCCUAGUGAAUUAGCUAAACAUGCUGUUUCUGAAGGUACCAAAGCUGUUACUAAGUUUACCAGCAAGUAA